AUGAAUAUUAAUUUAGAUCCAAUUGAGAGUCAAGACCUAACUGGGGCAUUUAAGAUUACCAAUUUGAUUGUCGCAGGGUUAUCGUUUUUAUCUGCAUUAUAUAUCAUUGCCUUUGGGGUCGUUAUAGGAUUAUUGGAAUUCAACGUACCUGCUGAAGCUUAUGCCUAUGGGUCCUUUUUAUUCUCGUUCAUUGGACGAGGUGUCUUCUAUACAUUAAUCGCAGUGAGCUUGAACGGUGGAAGCGUAUUCAGAUUGAUCGCUGCCAUGUUGUUAUUCAUAAUUGGUUUAGUUUAUAUCGCAUUGGAAACUAUCCCAAGUAUCUCGCCACCUGAUAAUAUGAAUGCUGAAGGCUCUCUCCUUGGUUUGAAUGAUGAGGAAGUUGUCUAA